AUGGCGGCGCCCUAUGAGGCUGACCACCUGUGGUGGACGGGCAUCGCGUCCCUGUGCAGCAGGCUGCGGUCGCCCGCCGGCCGCAAGGCCGCCCUGGCCAAGCUGCGGGACGGCCUGCUCAUGGAGAGCUCCGGAUUCUUCCGGCCGCCGUCGGACAAGUCCAGGGCCGCGGUGGAGGGGCAGACGGCCGUGCGGCUCAACGGGCGGGACAGGCAAUUCGACCCGACGACCGGGAGGUCGGCGCUACAGAUCAGCGAGUGCCUGAAUCUUGACGAGGUUCAGUCAUACUGCCUAUUGAAACAAUGGAUGAAGCAGGAGCGUUUGGAGGGUAGUAUGGGGCCGCCCACAGCAGAGCAGCUCCUACAGAUCAGGAAAUUGUACCUCAGAGAGCGGCUCAGUCUUCUGCAAGCGACGGUGUAUUUGCUCAGGAUAAGAUUUGAAGAUGAGCCUGUGGAUGAUGAUAUCCGGGAGGCUGUCAAGGACAAAAUCGACCGGCUUCUGGACAGCGGCCUGGAGAGCAAGCUGUUCUCUGUUCUAGAGGAUCAGCUGUCCUACCCAGAUUCCCUGCUUCGAUGGGACCCAAGUGCUGUGGAUCGCCCGCUAUCGGCUGGUAAUGUCGAGAUUUCUCUUCUGUUGAAGCUCCUGUUCCUGCUAUACUCACACGCGAGCCCCCCAUGCUCUCGGGUGGUGAAGGUGCUGCAACUGCUGAGAACGAGCAACGUCUUCACACAGAUUGAGGAGGACGGGCCAGAGAAACUGACUAUGGCCUUUCUUGUUGUUGUGGGGCUGUUCGACUUCAAUGGGCUGCUGCAGAGAUCGGCUGCUGGGGAUGGACACAACCAAGUGGCUCUGACAGCAGAGUCCAUGCAGGAGUUGGACGCCGAGGUGGAGUUAUGGUGGCACAAGGGGACAGAACUCUCAGAAAUGGUGAUUCUGGCUUGGAUUGUCUUCUCCUUUUUCCAUGGCAAAACGGGAGAAGGUUCCAUUAAUUUUCAGAAGCAUUGUGAAGUGUUGAACCAGCGAAUCGCAAUGGAUGCGCUGGAGUGCAUCGCCGGAUCUGUUGCCAAGGACGAUUGUGGGGUUGCCCGGGCAGCCAUGAUGCAGUUCGUUUCAGGCCUGCUGGGUUUUGGGCAGCGGUCGAUGGGGCAUGCCUUGACAUCAACUGUUGCCACUCUUCUUGAAGACGACUCUGCACUAUGGGCUGCUGUGUGGGGCAUGCAGGAGCUGGCCCCUGUGAAGCACAUGGUGGAGGAUGCCCUGGCCAUUGCACCAGCCUUUGUGGGCCCCGCCUCGUUGCUGCUGUCGGCCCUCUGCUCAAGCGAAGACUCCGCACAGGGUGUGUGGAGGAUGAUCAGCGACCAGCCCUGCACUGCACUGCUGCAUCGCAAGAGCCACCCCAACCUCAGGAUGGACAGGGAUGGAUGCACCUUUCGGACCUUGGGUCCUGUAGAAGCAGUGGAUGGCUCGGGGCUGACAGCACCAGCGGACUGUGUUGGAGCGCAACAUCCACUGCCCCCUUUCGCCCAGGAUCAGCAAGAUGUGGUCCUAAUCAAGUGGAGGACAUCCUGUAGCAUGGCGGGCCUUCUGCUCCAGCAAGUCUGGCACUGCUGCAACAGUCUGCAGAAGGGGCCGAGUGCGACCAGGCGUCGCUGUUUUCUUGAGAGGCUGCUGCGCAUCAUGCAUCUCUUCUCCAGGAUGCUGAUGUGUGGUGGUGUCGCAUUUGAGGAGGUUUCAUCAGAUUGCCAUGCCAACACACAGAUGGAUUUCAUCGAGCUUGUCUGCAAAGCUAUGGAUGAGAUGGUGGCAAACUUCCAUCCAGAGCUGCCUGUGCAGCAAGGAUUCGCUGACAGCCUGACGAUUCUCCGGUCGGCUGUGGGAAUGGCUCCAACGCGGGUGCUGGAUGCGAUCACAGCAUCGAGACUGCUCGCACCAAAGGCCACUGAUGUGCACUCAGGCGUCUAUGUCCAUGUUGGUGCCCUGGAAGCAUUUGAGGAGAAGGUAGAAAGCAGCUGCGGAGAGCCAGUCACAACGGUGGAGUUUGUGAACCUUGUCAGGGAGUUAAUCGAAGCAGGCCUUACUGGCCGACACUUGCAGAUGUACGUUGUAUUUAUCAUACAACACAUUCUUCCAAGACACAAGCAGUGGGCGUACACUGGUGAUGCCAUCAUGCACGAUGUCACUGCAGGGAUUUUGCACUGCAUCCACUCUGCCUUUAUGCAAUUUGGCGCCGCAUCGAUUGCUGAUGGUGGAAAAGCGGUGGAGCGUGUACUGGUGACGCUGUGUUCGAAAGAUGGAGCCCAGGCAUUUAUAAGUUGCAGUCUGCCACCCAGCAUCGCAGACCUGGCAGGGCCGGUUGACUGCAAAAUUGUGGAGAGUGCUGAGGCCGCAGCUGCACGGCUGCUCACCCUGCUCCCAGUAAUAUUAAUUGUGGCAGCAGAGCGUGACGUGGCAGGUCCACUGGUGGAAGCCAUCAUUCAGGGCCACCGUGGCUGGUGCAGGAGCAGCGCUCCCCUCCUCAUGUCCUUCGUGAGCUACAACAGUGGCACAACCAAUUGGCCAUUGCUGUCAUUGAGGUUCCUGUGUGCUCUGGCAAGCUCCGCUCAGCAGCUGGAUGUGACCCAGAUACUACCACCUUCAGCAGAUGGACCCAAGGCACGUGCUGCCCUACUGGCGUGUUUUGAUUGUGAGGUGGCGAUGAAAGACCCAGAUGUGUUCAUGGCCGCCUAUGACUUUUUGGUCAUUGCUGCUGAGCACCAUCCCGGCUUGCUGGAACCGCUCCUGUUUCCAUCGAAAUUGGAGGAUGCAGCCGUGGGUGCACAGCUCCAGGAGCAAAGUGCACUGGACCGUUUGUGGGGCGUUCUCCAGAAGACCAGGGACUUGCUGGAGAGUAAUCCCCAGUCGCUGUACAGCUGCAUCAGUGCUGUGCGAGGCUUGUGGUGGUGCCAAGAGCUGGCACCGCAGCCGGCGAUGCUGCUGCGCCAGCAGGAUGGCUUCUGGCGACACAUCACAGAGUGCUUCAGAAGCGAUGAACCUAAGAGCAAGGAGGAGCACAGGCAAACAUGGCUGCAGGCUGCAGAGGCAGCUGCUCUGCAGAUCAUGACCAUGGAAGCCAGCUCCAGUGUCCCAGCAAAUGGCAGUGGUCAGCCCGAUUCUGGACCCCAACAGGGCGUUUGGGUUGAACUGCGAGAAUGGUUCAGCAAUCGGGGGACAUUCCUGCGGACACUGCUGUCAAAAUAUGGCAAGUGCGAAGCAGAUCCUGAAGCAGUGGUGGAGGCAACAUGGCUGGCAGAGGUUUCUGCCAUAAAGAUCCUGAUGUCUGCCGCCAAGUACCAUCACAGGGCAGGCCAACACCUGGACAAUGCCCUAAUCAUUGUUCUGAUUAAGGCGGCAGCGCCUCUCCUUGCGUCAUGUGCAUCCGAUGCGGACAGAUUGCAAAGAUUAGCAUCCGAAUUCGACAAGACCACAAAAAGAAAGCGUGCCGCUACAAAAGGACCAGUAGAAGACAAGAGUGGCAGCUUGUCUGAACUCACACUUGGAAAAGACCUCAUCUUGGCAAUCAAGGAAAUGAUGGCUGAGUUGCCUGACUUUUCGUCUGUCGCUUUGACUGUCAAGCACACCAACAUCAACCAGGAUAGGGUGGCUUGCGUCAUACCAGACCUUGCUCAUGGCGAGAGCGAGCAUGUGGCAGAUCUUGCUGCCAUCCUGGAGCAUCUAAGCACUACCGAACUUCGCCAGGGCCUCAGGUUGCAGGCACUGGAUGCCCUGUGCCUGCUCAUUUCCAGGGGCGUUCAGACGAACCACGUCCAGACAUGCAUGACGCUCCCCAACUGCAUUGACCUGCUGGAGGACGUGGCUGACCUGCUGCGUCCCUGCUUAAAGAUGGCCACACAUGACCUUGAACUGGUUCUGCCAAAGACGCCAGCCCAGGUGGCCGGCCCCGAAGGCACUCUGCUGCACUCCAUUCUGGACCACAUCUCGGCCCUCUCAACCUUGUUGAUGGACAUGGUGGGCUGGUGCAGCGACGGGGCGACGACGGACUGGGUGGCUGAGAGGAGGGAGAUGUCUCCCAGCCCAUCCCCGAUGGGCAGGCCCCGCCUCAGUGGCGUUGGUGGGGCUGGCAGGCAAUCUGGUUGGGGGGCUCCAGGGCCGCUGGAGGCGGAUGUGUGUUUAAAGCUGCUGCGGACGCUGGACACCUGGAUUCAGAGCACCCACUUCCUUCAGGGUCUCAGAGGCCUUGACACCCAGACCAGCGACCGAGCAGAGGAGAUCACAGCAAACGUGCUGGGCACGCUGCUUGCGGUUGUCUGCAGCCUGCAGGCAACGUCCUCCAAUGCAGACCCACCUCCCAGCUCCUCCCUGACCCCCCUGCCAUCCCGAAGCGCAGGGGAAUUGGAGCAGCUGGCCACAGAUCUGCUCCCCAGCAUCUGUGCCCUGUGCCACGAGGGCAUUCACGGUCGAAGACUGGUGGGUGGUGCUGCUCUGUCCCUGCUGUCCAUCUUCUUGUGCCGCAACUUUGCCGGAGAGGAUGGUGUGCAGCUGGUGUUCAAGCACCUGGAGAUGGCAGGGCUGCUGCGAGAGGCGGCACAACUGCUAAGGCCACACCAGCUUGAGGAGGAUGAGGGGGGCGUUGCCAAUGGAAACGUGGCAUGGCCAUGGAGUUUUGCCCUCCUCCAUCUUUCCACUAUCCUGGCACGUGGCCAUGAAACAGCAAAGCUGCUGCUGACCCCAGCCUCCUGCACUGCACUUCUGGAUUACGCAAGGGAGCUGUUAGAUCGAUGCAACAACACAGAUGAACUGGAAGGUCAACCCAAUGGCAGGGAUGCCAGUGCCAAUGGGCACCACAAAAUGCCUGUGGACACCUUGGACCCAGGUGUCACCACUGCUCCCAUGCCCCGUGCAUACUCACGUGAGCACCAUCGGCGUGUUGCGCAUCGCCAGUGGUGCAUGAUGCUGCGUAUUGUCGGAACACUUGUGUGGGAGCAUGGUUCCAAUAAUGAGGCACAGGACCUGGGCAUCAACUUCCUGGGAUUGGGCGAACGGAUCCUCCUUGAAGCCCUGCAGCCACCUCUGGGCCAUCACAAGGAUCCCCUGACUUUGGCCUGGCUGCUGGAGGUGCAGCACACGACCUUCAUGCUAUGCCAAAUUUCCCACCUCCUUGUUGGCCGGCAGUGGAUCCUCCCAACAUCCCUCAAAAACUUCAGGGAGGCUGCUGCGAGCUUCGUGGGAUAUGCGGCGUCCCCCACCCGCAUGAAUGGCUUCUCUGUGGCGUGCCCCCCAGUGUCGGUGGAGGAGGGGAGGUCAAAGUCGCGUACCCCGCCGGGGGACCUGUCAGGCCCUGAGGGGUGGUUUAGGGUGUGCCUGGAAGGGGCGGAGACAGGCACUGGGACAGCCCAGGUGGGCGAGGCGGUCAGCAGCCUGGGGCCAGGUGGGGGUGGCAGCCAGGCCCUCGUGCUGCACCAGGGGAGGCAGGAGGGGAAUGGAGGGCCAAGGGUGGCGCUGUCAGAAUAUGCAUGGGAGCUUGGGUCCACGAUGCACACUGCCACACUCAAUGCACUCAUGUUUCUCCGGUUGUCGUUGCCUGCUGUGGGCCCCUGCGAGGCAGACAAGCUGGGAGGCACUUGGCCCAGCCGGCACUCACUGCUUGCCCUAAGAGAUCAGUGCCUGGCGCUGGCGCACUCUCUGAGUGCCGAUGACCCUGCCGAAGAUCCAUCCAAUGAAAUGAAAUGGAGAGAGCUCGCAGGGGUUGUGAGUCGGACCAUUGCCUUGGCGGAGGGCUUCUUGGACAUGUUUCAGUAUCAGCCGAAGCCGCUGGAGAGGAAGCGGGUUAGGGAGAGGACAGUGGGGUUGGAGAGGUUGCUUACUCCCAGCUAG